AUGACACUCGGUCUUGACACCAUCGUGCACACCUUCGACGGCCUCAGGACCGUCGGCACGCUCCAGCAAGGGCAACUCCUGUACGACGUUCUCGACGCCCUAGUCCAGGUCAGCCUGGGGCCCGCCACCCCCAUCGUCAACCCAUAUCGCAUCGAAUACAAUCACGUCACCAGCGGCCAAAAUGUCCUGUACCUUUACGCAGCGGGCAAGACGGUUUCGCCGCUGAAACCGCUCCUCCACACAAUGCUCGCCCUCGAGACGACCGUCCCCACAUACGACGGGCCAAAGUCGGUCGCCAGCCUUCAGGACGGCCAGCUGGUGUACGAUCACCUCGGCGCCCUAGUCCCGGUCGCCCUAAGCCCCGCAACCCCCAUCAUCGAGCCCUACAAUAUCGAAUACAAUCACAUCAGGGGCCAGACCCGUCGUUACAUCACCUCUGGAUCAAACGUGCUUUACCUCUACGCGGCGGGCAAGACGGUUCCGCCGCUGACACCGCUACUCGAACAGAAUGCUCGCAAUCGACACGAUCGUCCGCACGUUCGACGGGCCGAAGCCUGUCACCCCGGCCCGAUCGUGCCCAUCGUCGAUGCUUAUCGCCUCGAGUAUGAUCGCGUUAGGGGCCAGACCCGCCACUACGUGACCAGCGGCGACAAUGUCCUUUAUCUGUACGCGGCUGGCAAGACGAAGCCGACCAUCGAGCCCUCCCGUCCCUCGACGCUGAAGUGGUUUGCACGUUGCGACCAUGGCAUGCAGCAGGAUGACCUGGAGGGCGCAGAUGACACUGUCGCCGGCUGGCUCGGAGUCCCGUUGGCGUCGACUGUAGCCUGGCCCGACGACGACGACGACAACGAUGAGGACUGGCGGGAGGGCAGUGAUGACGAUGACGACGAAGUGCAGGACCCUCCCCUGUCUAGCGAGCCGUGGAGGCAAGACGCCAAUCACGGUGCCGUCGCCGCGGCGGACAUUGCCACGACAGUGCACGAGAAGGAGUGCACCUGCGGUGGCAUCGCAAAGGUGGAGCGCAAGCUCGUCAACCCGCAAGCUGAGCAACACUUCCUCGCCGCGGCCAAGAGCGGUAUCGCCAGCCAUCUCAUUGCGCCCAACAUCGUCCAGCCUCGUCCUUCGACGCUCAAGUGGUUCGCGCGAUGCGAGCCCGCAACCGAGCAGGACGACAUUCCAUUCCAGCAUGAGGACGUCGACUGGCUUGGCGUCCCACUGGCGCCAAUCCAGUGGCCCGCAGAUGAUGAUGACGGGGAUGAGGACUGGGUUGAGGAAGGUGCCGACAACAACACGGCAAACGACGACGACGACGACGACGACGACGACUACGAAGACCCGCCCCUCUCCAGCGAGCCAUGGAGGCAGGACAACAACUACAGUGCCGUCGCCACCGCGGGCAUUGCCAGCACGGUGGAGGAGAAGGCCUGCGACUGCGGUGGCCCGGCACUGCUUCAGCGCCAGCUCGACAGCCCCACCAUCGCCCAACAUUUCCUUGCGGCCGCCGAAAGCGACAUUGCUGACCAUCUCCUCGCCUCGAACAUCGUCAAACCUCGAGACGCCGACAUCAUCACCGCCUCUGCCUGGGCCAACGCUCCGCACGGACAAGGCCCACAGCAGAAGCGAGCGUCGCUCCUCAAGAUGUGCAUUGUCAAGCACUGGGUCCUCGAAGGCGCGUCGAGCUGGGCUAGCAUGCCCCUUCACCCCUACUACCUCGGCCUGUGGAUGGGGGACGGGCAUGCGAACGGCACCGCCAUCACGACGGUCGAGGACGCGACGAUGGCCUUCCUGGAGUCUUACGUUGCUUCGCUGAACGCCAGUCGCCCCCCCUGGGCAGCGGCGCUAUACGUGCGCUACAUCGACUCCACAAGCCCUCUUUCGACAAAGACUUGCUGGCGCUGCAAGAUCACGUCGAGAGCGCAACAUGGUGGAGACCCGGCCUGCUGGAACCCCGUGCGAUCGGCACUGGGCGCGCUGGGCAUCUUGGACAACAGCAAGGUCAACGGCUUCCCAGACCUUUACAAGCAUUCCGCCGAGGACGUCCGCGCCGCUGCUCUCGCCGGCUUCUUGGACAGCGAUGGGUCGGUCCAUUGCAACGGAUACCGCCUUACCCAGAGCGUCGCCCACGCCAAGGCUAUCCAUGACGCCAGGGACAUCGCGCGCUCCCUUGGGAUCCGGGCCGGCGAAGUUCAAGAGCAGAUUGGGUACAAGCCCGACGGCUCGCCCGCGCCCAUCCUCGCCGUCUACUUCUCCGGUCAAGCCUUGGAGAAGCUGUAG